AUGCCAACAAUCCCGCUCCACCCACGCGUCUCCUCUCCCACCUCUCUCCCCAAUCCCCUCCCCCAAGUCCUCCAGACGCCAACUGGACUCGCAAUCCUCGAACUCCAAGGAACGUUCAACCUCCCAUCGCAAGAAGCUGAAGACGAAUCUACGACCUCGCCCAACGAUACCCAUGACCCCUCAAUCCCCACAUUUGAGACCCCAGUUGGCAAGCUCAUGUUCCCCGAUUAUUCGCCGCACUGGACUGCACCUGAUGACACUAAAUGGAUGAAGAGGGUUUAUCUAUAUGUCGGUCGAUACCAGCGCAUGACGGGCGAGGUGAAGAAAUUGGCGCAGCCGCUCGCUUUGGUGCAGCGGCGGCAAAAAGAGACGACCUCUGGCUCCGAUGGCGAGGAACUGGAGAUCGUCGAGAUCAUCAAGUAUAAGCUGUUCUUUAAGAAUCGGCCAGAGCCCGUCAAUGAUAGUUGA